AUGGGAUAUUCCAGCGUCGGCUUGACUAGCCCCGGCCUCGGCAACGGGGAUGGGGACUCCGACAGGUACAGAGACGAUCAUGAAGAACUCUCGUCCUGGUCAAAGGCAGGCCAGUUCGAGCCCAGUGAGAGGCCUCAUUUCAGAUCGAAACUGAGCACGGGUUUCAAGAAGUUCAAAUCCGCAGCGCGGGAGUGGUGGCCCGGAUCGGCACGCCACCGGGCGGGACUUGCCAUCAUCGUCAUCAGCGCCGCCAUCGCCAUCUCACUCUUGAUCGUUCUGGUUUCCACAGCCCUGGGCAGACCGGCCCGUCCACUUCCACGCUGCGGCGGAUCGGUGGAGGAGGCGAACGACCUCGGUUGCGUCUUCGAUAUCAUGUCCAACGCAUGGACGCCGCGCGAGUGCUACUUUGAGGACCUGGCCCGCGACUUCCUGUCGUUGCCCAAUACGACAUGGUACGCCGACGAGCAGCACCGCGAGUUGGUGCCACUGGAAGAGUUUGAGAAGGGCGAAAUGCCUUCCGUCUUCCCAGCUGCCGACCACCACGACCGCCACUGCCUGUACACCUGGCGGAAGCUGCAAUUUGCGAUAACGGAACACCUGAUGAUUGACACCGACUCUGCAUCGGGCAAACACGUUAAACACUGUACCGACUACUUGGUGGGCAGACACCCGGAUGUUAAACCUGUUCUGUCUAUAAGGUCCUUUUUGCGCUGUGUCUACAUCUGA